CCAGUAUACACUCAGGGUGUUUUUUUGAUCCGUACUUUAACCCUACUGAGAAAACCCUGCUGCCUGUCAUUCAGCGGACCGUGAAGUCGCUCUUAAUAGGAUUUUAUUGAAGCGCGUCUCUCCGGAUCAGGUGCGCCGGCAUUUCCUUAACUUACCUGGGAUGAUGAGUUCUGCUUAUUUUUCACCGAGCAGAAGCGCGCAGGUGUGACUGUGGAUUUAAAUUCCAAAGUUUGGAUCUUCUCUUUCCGGGAUUUUCAGUUGUUGCUUGGAGAUGUACGCACCUUGUUUAACACAUCAGUUCAUUCUGGAUGGAUGUUGUCGAUGUUAUCACGGCUGUUCUGGCAGAUGAUCGUGUGAAUAUAUUCACACCGUGGAUACCUGCCGUCCUGUGUGUUCGCGCGGUCGGGGUCUCGUUCACAUGAAAAUCACCCCGUGGUGCUUUCUUGAGGAAAGUUUGUGACUGGGACGCGGUGGACGAUGAAGGCAGCGCAUUAUUUUUGGCAACCCUGCGGACACAGAGCUCAGUGACGGCUCCCCGCCCCUGGUUUUAAUAUAAUUUAUAAUUUGUGGAUGGAUUUGUGAAUAGGUGUGUCUUGGGUUUAGCUGGACAAUAUGUAUCCAAACUAUGGAGUCCUGCUCAGGCUGGAGGGGAGAGCAGCGGAGAUCCCAACCCCUUCCUGGGACCACAGGUGUUUCUUGUAAACAGUGACUCCAGAUCCCAAAAUGCCGAGCUGCGGAUAGAGAGACUGCCUUGUGGGUCAAGCUGACCUGUGUCUUACCUCCCUGCACAUCCUCUGCUCAUCAUUUCCUAAUUCCUUGUCCUUUUCCUUUUCUCUUUUUACUUUGUAUCCCCCCUUUAUCCUCCCUUUACUCUUUCUCCUCUCAUCUCUCUUUUCACUUUAUCCCCUUUUUUAAAUCCCGUCUUUUCCCCAUCCUUCUUCCCUCUCCCCUGCAUCACUAUCUACCUCUUACCGUCUUCACCUACCUCUCCUCUUUUAGUUGUUGUAUCUCCCACCUGUCCUCUCUCCCUCCCUUGUUCUCCUCUCCCCCCUCCCAAAUCCACCACGUCCUCCUCUUCCUCCCCCCACAGCACACAUGCAGGCCAAGAAGCGGUACCUGCUUGUGUCUGUGGGGGCCGGUCUUCUCUUCCUCGUUUACCUGUGGGGUCUGCAAAUCGGGGAGUUCCAGCAGCAGCCGUACCAAUAUCACCAGUUCCCUCAGUACCCCCAGUACCAUCAGUACUACCAGCAGGAAUACCAAUACUACCACCAGAGCCAGGAGGUGCACCAGCCCCUGCCUCAGAGAAGCCCAUCUAGACCUCCCAGGCACUGGCCGGAGUCAUCCCACCUGCUGGAGCCGUACCUGGAGGGGGGAGAGCAAGAGGAGGACAGCCCUCAGCUCCAUCACCAGCACACCUCACCUCGUGAACGACGUGCAAUCCGGGACAACAUCUACAAGAACAAGCGCUGCCGUAUGGAAACCUGCUUUGACUUUGCUCGCUGCCAGUCUGGUUUCAGGGUUUACAUCUACCCUCCGCUGAGAGGGGACGAGAUCUCCCAGACCUAUCAAAAGAUCCUGUCGUCCAUCGAGGAGUCUCGCUUCCACACCACGGACCCAUCGAGGGCCUGUCUGUUCAUUCUGGCUGUGGACACGUUGGACAGAGACCAGCUCUCGGCUCAGUACGUCCAGAACGUCAGGCUCCGCAUCCAGAGCCUGCCAACGUGGAAUGAUGGCAGGAAUCACCUCAUAUUCAACCUCUACUCCGGCACCUGGCCGGACUACACAGAGGAUCUGGGCUUUGAGGUGGGCCAGGCCAUACUGGCCAGGGCUAGCGCAGACGUGGUCAACUUCCGGCCCAACUUUGAUAUCUCCAUCCCUCUAUUCUCCAAGGAUCACCCGCUAAAAGGAGGGGGCAUAGGUUAUCUGACAUUCAAUGAUGCACCGCCUUCCAGGAAGUACCUACUGGUUUUCAAAGGGAAACGAUACCUAACUGGUAUAGGUUCUGAGACAAGGAAUGCUCUGUAUCACAUCCACAACGGGGAAGAUAUUAUUCUGCUGACCACUUGUAAACAUGGCAAAGACUGGGAGAAACACAAGGACUUUCGCUGUGACAGAGAUAAUGAAGAAUACUCAAAAUUGAUUGUCAGAGGAGAAGAAAACUUUCAAACUGAGCAGUGUGAAGAUCUACAGGUCAUGUGCUCAGCGAGGUACAGGUCUUUAUAUAAGGAGAUGAAUCCAAAUUCUCAGCAUAAUUUUGUGUUUCUCUUUGUAUUUUGCAAUGUCAUGUUGCAGAUGGAUGACAAUCUCAACCACAAAUUUUCAAAUGGUUACCAUAACUCUUUCUUUAUAGAUUGAAGAUUUUUACAGUCACACUUACAUAUCAAAUUCAGGAUACAUAUUAAUUUCUACUGUUAAGGGAUUAGUAAUAUUAGUACAUAGACCCAACAAUAAAAGAGGAUCUUUCUUUAUGUCACAUCUUUUCCAUAGUUCAGGUGAUUGUACAGUAAUUGGAAAAGCAUUUGUAACAGCUGUAAUUUAUAUUGACACACUCAAUAAAAUUCAGUAAAUAGUAAA